AUGGUCUUGCGAUGGGGUUUGAUUGUCUGUGUUGUCCGAUGCGAGAGUGCGUAUGUGACUGUGUUAGAGUGUGGCCAGAGGAUAGCGCGUGGUGUUGUGCAGGGUCGAGGCGAAUUUCUGGGCCAUGAUUCGGUGCGUAUUUUUCAGGUCAGAAUCCUUUCGUUCCGUGCAAUUGUUCAGGUGUACUUCUUAGCGUUGGGUGGUCAGUGUACUGGCAGACUUCUGCAAGCGGCACACCGAACAGUGCUUGCCAACGAUGUCGAGGCUCAGCACAAAUGUCGUCGGAGCCUGUCGUCUGUCGACAACUAG